AAUGCCUCAAAAAAGACUUUUGCCUUUCAUUCUGAACAUUUCUUUCGCAAAACAGAUUUUUUCUGGAUACCAAAUAAAUUCACGUCCGAGGUAUCACAAAAAAAACAAGAUGAAACGUGGAUAUUUUUUUAUGGCACAAGACAAUUUUUCAACAUAUGGAGAUUACCCGAAACCAAAAAAAUCCAAGACUUCACAAGAUAUUACGUAUUCCUCAUUCUGGGCACAAUUGCCAUCACUGCUGUUACACAAUGUGUUUGAUUUGUUGAGUAAUGAAGAUAGAUGCAAUGCAUCCUUAGUUUGUAAGCAUUGGAGACAGAAUAGCUUUCAUCCAAAAUGGUGGACCAAAAUAACAUUCAAAAUUGAAGAGAACAAUUUGGAAAAAGCAAGGUUUAUGAAUUAUACAUUUGGAAAGAUUGUGGCUGAUGCUAGAAUUGUGAUCAAUUCCUUAUCACUUGAGUGCAUGGAAGAAUUCAUUCAUUUGUUAAGAUUAUUGAGUGAUAAUAAUAACUUGAGAAGUCUUUACCUGGAACCAACUCAUUGUCGGUUUGAUGUUCCCUACAAAUGCAUUAAUAGUAAUGAAGAUGAUCCAUGGGGCAUAAUGUCCCUCCUGUUACCCUGUCUGCCAAAUCUUGUUAAGUUUAGUAUUGGGUGUAUAGAAGACUUAUCCUAUUUCAUCGAAGAUAUCCUGAAGCACCUUGACCCCAACAAAGUGACCCAUCUAGGACUAGCAUCUGUCAAGGAUGAUCCUGUAAAUUACCAGUAUUGUUGCUUUGACCCAGAAUUGCUGGCACCAUUCAACAAACUUGAGGUGCUGAGUAUAGAUUAUGACGUGCUAUCUGACCACCUGUUGAGAAGCCUGGAUUCUGCCAAGCAGCUCCAGCGACUAGUGGUGCAUCUGCAUGCAGUUCCUCAAGGUAUGGUGCCUCCCACAAAUCAGAGUUGGCUUACAUUCCGGCACAUGCAUCCAAACUGUGAAUUGCGUCUCACUGCAAUCCAUACUUUCAAAGAUAUAGAUAACCUCCAUGAAACGGUGCUCAGGGAGCAGAUGCCAUUGUCUCACAUCAAGCUGUUCUUCUGUGAAAAGGUGAAUCUGGAACUGAUCCAAAACCUGACCAACUAUUCAGAGACGUUGCGCAGCAUCACUCUGAUCGACUCACAAAGUGAAGACGGGAACAGUUGGUCGUUCACCAAGCCCAUUUUCGACCAGAGCCCCGAUCCUUUUGUGUUGGCGGCCUGGUUGUGCAAGCGAUUGGAGGAGUUCGUCAUGUACGGGUAUAAGUACAAGGAGGAAAACCUGGUGGCCAUUGGACGGUUGAGGGGCGAGAAGCUAAAGAAGCUCGAGAUGGCCGAGAGCGAUAUUAUCUUCUCCCAGAUGGACGGGGAGGAGAGUGCCUUGACGGAUAUCCCAGUCAGGAUGCAAAAGCCAUGGAAGCCAGUAAAACUGUCCGAUCUGCAUCCUGUAAUCAGUAAUCCUGAUGACGGGGACUCAGACGAGUAUCUCCUACCUAUAGUUCUUGCAGACCUAUACUAGUUAAGUAUAACAUUCUGGAGAAUAAUAAAAACAAAAACCACAUCAUGUUUACGCGUAUUUUCGAAUGAGGAUUUUUAGUGCUGUACGACUAACGAAAUUUAGCUCAGUUUAUAGAGAUGUCGAAAUUCAUAUAGGUAGAAAUAUUUUUCAGUAUGUAAAAAAUGGUUCCAAGGAAUCAUUAAUUCUCUGUUUUCAAAAUAAAAAACAGGAUGCACUUUAUAUCAUUAAUUGCAAUUUGUGCUGUUUAAAAUCCACUAGCUCAGUGUCUUAUUCUCUAUUCAUAUCAAGUCAAAGUCCUGUUUCCUAUUUGAUGGAACUUUGUUAGUAUUAAAGACAUUGUAAGAAGAAUUCUGUUUUGCGCUUAUCAUUGAUUGAUUUCUAAAUUAUUCAUUUCCAAAGGAGACAUCUUUGUAAACUAGACCUUGUUCUGUUAGAUCUUUGAAGCUUAAUAUUUUUGUCAAAUAUUGUAUGACUAUAGCAUGAUAUUUUAUCUGCACUAAACAUGAUGCACAAUACAAGUAAUUACUAAAGAUCCUCAUUAUAACAAACAUACAUAAAUGUAUGAUUAUGUAUUAUCAUCUGUAUACAACAGAUAUGAUAACUAAGUUAUACAAUUAAUCUGUUCAGUUCAACAAACAAAAAAAAAAGAAAGAUGAACAGCAGUAGAAAUAUUUUAUUUCUUUUUUGUUAUGGAAAGAGAACGUGGGUAGAACUCAAGAUAAAAGAGAACGGGGGAGAUCGUAGAAUUAUAAGAAGUAAAACAUCUGUGAUAUAGAAACUCUUAAAGGAAAACGCUAACACAACGAUUGUUACAAAAGUGUAAAUCGGUUAGUUGUAAAACUCCAGCGAAACUAUUAGUACCUGUGAUGGAAAAACACACUUUCCACUCAAAUAGCAGUGUGAUCAUGUUCUUAUUUUUUGUUGAUUGUAUUACGUUGUUUGUCUAAUAUACGGCAUUCGUUGUAAACUCUCCGUGCAACGGUAAUUUAGUACUGUGAUUGCAGAUUUAUAUUAUAUAGUUAUAUUUCUCCGUCCAAAUUACGGUUUUGUUUUUUAUUUAUAUUGUUAUUCGAUAAAUCAGAUGUGUUUAUUGAAUCGGGAAGUGGUGGUGCUCAGAUCAGUAUUCGAGGUUUUUGGUAUAUUGAUGUAUUUAAAUGUUUCUCAUAUCAUUUUUAGCAUCUGUUAUGUCAGAUGUCAUAACAAAGUGAGUAAUAGAACCCAUUUAUAUGUAUCGGAAAUAGGCAGCAUUCUAUUCUGAAUCAUUUGCAAAUAGCUCAUGUACGAGUUGCUUAAAAAAGUAUGGAGACAAAGACGAAGAAGUCUUUUUAUACAGGGUGGUCGAUAUUUAACUGACUGGUUUGCAUCUUGAAUAUUUAUGAAAUGAAAUAAAAUAUGUCCAUUUUUUUCAUCUUAAUCUUUUAAUGAAACUUAGAAAUUACGUAUGAAAAAUAAUAUCAGACAAUUCCACCUCUAGAAGCCGCACAAACCUGAGCUCCCUUGAUUACAUUUUCCAUCACUUUUUGGUACGUUUUGGGAGGAAUAUUUUCAGUCACUUCAGCUGCUCUACAGUAUUUGGUUUGUUGACAUCAGCCCUAUUUUUCAAAUUCCCGAUAAAAAGUCAGGAACCGUUAAAUCCGGUGACCUUGGUGGCCAGUUGACAUUACUGCUGGAAUGGCAGCUCCAAACACCGCACCAAACUGUGGUCUUUGAUGGAUGACAUGAUGGUUCUCUAAUGCCCAGAUACGGCAAUUCUGCUUAUUAUCAAAUCCGUUCAUAUCGAGGUGGGCUUUAUCGCUCAUUAUCAGUUGUCGGUAAAAAUCGUUAUUUUGGGUAUUAAGGUGCAAUAUUGCAUGACUGUAUUGUCGGCGACUUUCAUGGUCACUAGGCUGUAGUUGUUGGGUUAACUGAGUUUUGUUUGGCCGAAAAUGCAAGUCUUUUUUUAAAAUAGUGCAUAAUGACGUGCGACGGAUACCCAGUUCUUGAAAACGAUGUCUGGUAGACGUCUCAGGGCGCUCCACUACACUUUCACGAACUCUCUCAAUAUUUUCCGGAGUAUGAACAGUUCGAACACGGCCCGACCUUGACAAGUCUUUAACUUAAAUCUGUUUGUUCAAAUUUCCGCACCAAACGACUAAUGGUGUUGACACUGGGCACAUUAUUUGGACCGAAAUCUUGACGGUAGCUUCCGAAUGGUUGCAACAAUCGACUUAUUAUUUAAGUAAAACGUUUUAACAUUACGGACGCGUUGUGGGAUCGUGUAGCGCUCCAUGAUGAAUUGGACACAUGUGCUUUAAACAACUGAAGUGCAGUAUCAAAAAUGGCGCGAAAUUUAAAUCAGUCAGUUAUAUAUUAUCCACCCUGUAGAAAUAGGUUAAAUAUGAAAUAUCAUAUAAGGGUCUGAAAUGGAAGAAGUUGUAAGUCAUUGAGGUCAUACAGGUAUGUUGAGCCUUUAUAAAGAUUGAUGCUUAUUACAACAUUUAUGUUUUCUGGCAAAGUCAAGCACCUUAAACCAGGAUAGUAGUGGAGUAGAGUUGAUCAGAAGUUGUACAGUGAGUUUACAAAGUUUGCCUUUCUGUUCAGUAUUAAUAACAGAUUUUUACUAAACCAGAGAUCUGUGCAAGCAGAAGAAUCAUCAUCUUGUAUAUUUUGAAAAGGCGAAACUGCAAAAUGUCUUCUAACGCAAAAUAUUAUACGCCUUUUCUGAAUUACAUUUCGGUUUGGUAUGAUUUUAACAUCUCUAGGUUCUCAUUUCACACUUUGAGCAAUUUUGCAUUGCCCAUCUCAUAUCCAUCUGACUAUGUUUAUCAUCUAUUUUAUGUGAUUGUCAACUUAAAUUUUGUUCCUUUUAAUGUAAGAACUUUUGACGUGCAGGAAGCACUUCAUACAUCAAAAUGAAUGCAUCUGGUAAGAAAAAUCAAUGGUGUCCUCAACAUCAGUUUAUCUAAAUGACCAACAUGUAUAAAGAAUAGUUAUUUAUUACACAAAGUGAGAAACUUAUAAGUACUGUACACCACGACUAUUUAAACGCUUUUGAAGUGUUGCACACGUUUUUUUCUACGUCGUUCAUUUUCAUACUGAUCUUUAUUUUUGUUGUUGUGUAAGAGUAUCAGGUACAUCUUAUCAACUUGAACCAAAAUAUUCAGUGUUCUGUGUUUAUAGAGAGACGCUUCCAAUUCGUAAUCUGUUUCAAAGUAACUGUUGUUAUAGGGUCGUAAAUGUUACAAAAUGAACUAAAUGAGUUUUUGCAACAUUCUGCCCGAAAUUACAGCAUUUUGUGAAAUAUUACGUUGGAAUUCUUUAUUCAUUUAUGUUUGCAUCAAGAGGCAAUUAAAUGACUCGAAAACAUUUCCUGAUGGUUUAAGGCACCUGAUACUUUUGUACAAGACUAUAUAACGCAUAUUGUGCAAUAUUUAUGACCAAGAGUGGAAAUGACCGUGCAAGAAAAAUUUAGAACAACUACAAGCAUUCCAAAUGUUAUAUUCCUUAAGAAGCAUAUAUUUAUAGAUCAAAUAUGUAACCUCUGAAGCCAUACGGAUAAUGCUGUUGUAUAAUUUGCCCCCCACCUUAAAGCUGUGAUAGAAAUAAAAUAACAAAAAGUCCCAACUCCCUGAUAAACUGUGUUUCGAGAAGAUAUUGAAUAUAAUAGAAAUGCGCCUUGUAUUUUUAGCACUAACAGUAUUAAAGAAACCAGCACAUCAGCGUAGAUAGUGGUUCUGAUAUUAUGAUGAAAUCUUGUUCAAUAUAUUUUUCGAACACUAGCUAUUCCACAGGGUAAGAAUGCAUGCCUUAAAUUUGGCUUUGAAAGUAGCCUGGAUUCCAAAAUUCACCUUAAUUUAAUAUCUGAAACUUGUCCUGCGCUUGUCCGUCUGAAUCUCAUUAUUAUAAGGGUCGCCAAAUGAAGCCCCUAGAUAUAUAAGUGAAAGCUUACUAACGUUUCAUCAAGAUUUAUCUGAUGUUUUGGAUUGUUCAGUUGAAUUGAAAUUACAAGUACGGCUCUGUCGUAAAAUCCGUAUUUGCAUCGUAGUCGUACGUGGUAUAACUGUACGUUGGCGCUGGCGCUGUGGACGUGAUCGGGGGAUAGGACAGGACCGGCCUAGGUUUGGUUCAGGUUUGAGUUUGCGGAGCCCAAUAUCUCGGUUCUCUUAAGACAUUGGUGUAUAUGCGACUAAGAAAAACCGCCUAUUUUCUCAAUAUCUACACGUCGUGUAAAGGAAAACCUCAACUUAGCGGACACCUUCUAUAUAUCCCUAAAUGUUACAGUAACGGAUGACCGCAAUGGAAAUCCUACCAAACCUAUAGGACUGAAGUUGGCAUUCAUAGAACCUGAUUUUUGGCAGGCUGUCGCCUCUGAUAGUACUCUGUGCUAAAUAACUAGCUUGAUAUAAUUUUCUUUUGUUUAAAUUUGGAUAUUUAUGAUUAUAUGGUCUGAAUUAUUAGUAUUUGACGGACUUUGAAGUAUCUCAUUUUAGUUAAAAACCUAUAUUUUUGAAAAAGUGGGCUACUUGGUGCACAUAUUUAUCUAGUGGAAUAGCUAUUUAGUCGGCAUUAUCUGUAUUAUGAGGUAGCAAGCAAUAUAAAAAGUAAAUAAUAUAUAUGCGUACGAAUUAUAUUAAUGAAGAGGGAAGUGCAUGUGUAAAUAGGGAUGUUUCGAGAAAAGAGAUAAGAUGAGGUACCUGAAAACAAAGUGAUCAAUAUAGCCAACUAGCCUGCUAUUGUAACUCAUAAAACUAGUCCAGAGAGUGUGAAACAGGAAAUCAAUAUACAAGUAAAAUCUUAUCUAAGAGGCGAAUGCGUGUGUGUUUUGGAAAAUAAUGUGCAUUUCUGUUUUAUAUUUUUUUGAGGGCAUGUAAACUGUAAGGCGUUUGGCGGCCCAUACUUAUACAGUGACGGUAAUGAGUAAUAAGUUUCAGCAGUCUUGAUGACAAUGACACAUUGUCUUAGAAUAACAUGUCAACCUAUCUAGGAAGCAAAUAAAACACAAAAAAUAAUGCUACAAGUUCAUAUGAAAAAAUGUGAUACAGGGUUCCCCUACGGAGAAGAAGACCCCUAAAGGAUGCUACUGGAAAUCGCUAUUUUAAUAACUUAACGACACUAUUUAAUUCAAAGAAAUUUUGGACCAUUUGGGGUCUCAUAUGACAGUGUCCAUGGAAAACAAUUCAUUUAAAUCACAUUUUACAACCAUGAAUAAUAAUAGGUCAAAAAUAGCGUUUUUAAAAGCUUAUUUUAAAGCCGAAAAAUAUGCUCCUUUUUUCUAUCCAUACAGUUUACCGUUUUUGAGAAAAGACUGUUUAUUUGUGUAACUCCUGAAAUUUAUCAGGUGGUUUUCAUGUUCAUUGGAUUUCAUCGUCUAACCGAAUCACACCAUAUAUAUCUUUAAAUUCAUGAUUACUGUACAGCAUUUCAACCACCACGGUGAUCUUUUUCAGGUAUAAUAACAGUAUAUUUUGUUUAUCUGUCUUCCAAGUGACCAUUCAUUUUUUUCUUCUCUUUAUUCCUAUGCAGUAUGUUGUGACAACAGACUGAACGGUCCUAUAGUGUGCCGAAAUUGCUAGAAGCCAUAAUUACGAAUUUAAGAUGGCAAAAUAAAUAAAAAUAAAAUAAAAAAGCCCAGGAUCGCCUGGGGUAGUAGGUGUUCCCGCUCCCUGAAGGACGUCCAGCCGCUCAAACCGACAAGCGAACAUGAGGUUAUCUUUCGUUUUUUUGAAUACAAUAGAUAUGUCACCGUCGCCCAUCGUCCUUAAAUCGCCAAACAGUUCUGUGUGGGUUUUCGCGUUUUCGGAUGUCGUUUGACGCUAGUAAUAAAUUUGUUUAUUCUCUCGGUUUCUCGAUUCUGAUAUACUGAAAGCAAUUACAUUAACUGCGUAGCUCAGCUACAUCAGCUUUAUUUGUUUCUCCGUCAGAACAGAGACUAGGUUUGGGUUGUAAAUGCUGGAAAUGAGAUUAAAAACGCCCGCAAAUUGGUUGGUUUCAGAAUAUUGUCGAUAUUAUCUUGGUUUUUUUCAAUUGAGAGAUAGUUACAAGCGAGUAUGAGGUUAUCUGUCAUUUUUUUAAUGUACGAGACACGUCACCCUCGUCCAUCGUCCCAACAAUGCCAAAAGUCCUCCUGUAAUGAUGGUUUCACGCGACCUCGGAUUAUUACAGGACCGUUAAAUCUGUUGUGGCAACACACGGUAUACGAAUGAAGGAAAUAAAAAACUGUCACCUGGAUGACAGAGAUAUAUUAACAAAAUAUACUGUCGUUAUUCUUAUUGUACUUGAAAAAUGCUAUUAUGGUGGUGGAAAGGUCGUGCAAGAAACAGAAAUUUAAACACAUGUGUGGUUUGAUGCGGCCUGACAUUGGAGUCCUACUCUAGUUUCUGAACAUUUCAGCAAUCCUGCCAAAUAGCUAUUUUUAAAAUAUAGUAAUUCUAAUAACUGUAAUCAUUGAUUACUUAAGUUAUAAGAUUAUAAACCAUCAAUUUAAAAAAAAAAAACAAAGGCAAAUAUAAAAGCUAAAACAUAUAUAUUUUAGCCAUAAUGAUACAGGGUGUAAUGAAUCGUAAUAUUGCUAGUUCAUCCUUGGCGAUCAACAUAAGAUGCUUUGACUGGCCGCUAAUUCAAAGCGCAUAUGUUUAAAUUACUGUCUAUUGUACGAUGUUUUGCCAACCACGGUGGAUUUUUUCAGUUAAAAGUUAAUUUUCAGGAGUUACAGUGAGUUAUUUUCUGUGAAAACCAUCAAGUGAGGCAUUCACUGGUUGCUAUGUCGCUGUAAACAUUUCGUGGAAUCAUGCAAUGUCGUUCAAAAGAUAUUUAAGAUAACCAAUUUCCAGGGGCGUCCUUUUUAGGGGCCUUUGUCUCUUCAAAACAUUUUUUCAUAACUUGUAUUAUUUUUGUGUUGUGUAUAUGCAUUCGCAAAACUGACAUGUUAUUGUGGGACAACCUGUGUAAUGUAUAUCUUCCAUAAAGUCUUCAAAGUCCGGGAGGCAAAGCAUCUUUUAGUGUCUGUUUACAAUUUUUCUGCUUCUUUCUGGUACCGUCACGUCUAUAAUAUGAUCCUUAUAUGAUGCAGGUCUAAAUAAUAAUGAAAGCUAGUUCGCCUUCAUAAGUUAUGCAUUUAAGCAAUGUGAAUUAAUGUAAAAAGCACAAAUAGUUCCGUAUACUUGCUUUGAAUGUAGCGAUUCUAAAAUAAUGCGCAUUAGCCACCACCUCCACAAGCUAAGCAGUGCGUCCAGACGAAGUACAGAUAAUAUCGCCCUUGGUUUUGUGGCUGUUUAACGACCGCCGCUAAAAAAAUGUAAACAGACACUAUAAGUUUGUCGGGAGCUAUAUUCAGUGUUUUCUCCUGACUAGCUUAUAAGACUUUAAGAUUUGUAGUAACAGAGUAACAAAGAUAGUUAAGUAUAUAGCUAUUUACCGGCAAAUGUUUUUGACCAAAACUGCUUUAUGGUCGACAUCCCUCAAAAUCUGCCAGAAUAGUAACAAAUGGAAAAUUGCAACUUGGACUACCUCUUCAUUGCAAACGGAAGUGCACAUUGAUAAGUUUGGAGUUGCCAUCUAGUAGUAUAUAAUGUGUAACUAUCUGUGAUGAAAAUAUAAAAAUGGACACAUUGGUAACACAGCGUACAUAUGUUAAACAAGCGCUCAUAGUUACAAUGUAGGUCUAUAUAUCCUCCUUCUCUGUAAGCCACAGCACAAAUCUAACCGUGCUAUUGGCUUUAAGAAAUAACAAAGUGUUGCCCAUUUAAUUUAAAAACGAAGGCAAUAGUCCUUUAGCUGGUUGUCACAAUCUGGGAAUAGCUUGUACCAAUAGAAAGUACCUAUUUGUAUGAACUUCAUAGCUCUAGCUAUAAAGGAGGUGGGUAAAAAUCCUUUUUUCAUCCAUCAUAUGUAUGAAAAAUUAAUGUUUCGAUUUUGGUUAUUUUAUUAUAGUUACAUUGAGUUCAAAUAUCUCUAUUUAUAUCCACAAUGUCAGGUACAAUACACUUAGAGAAGAACUACGCCAAGUGGAAGACCUGAAAGAUUAACAUUUACUUUUUUUUCUUAUUUCACUUGAUUUUUUGAGCUAUUUUGUAACAUUUUACUGUAGGCGUAAGUGAAGAUACUUGAACGUAAAUAUUAGAAAAUGGCCUAAAUCGAGACGUUCAAAUUUCUCGUAUAUGAAAAAGGGCAUAUCUUUAUCCAACUCCUUUAAGCCAGUAUGAAUCAACAUUGUAGCUAGAUCGACGUUUCUUGCAUAUCGGAAGGAAAGGACUUAAUUCGAGGCGUGGAUAAUUUAUAUUCUGAAAUUAAUUUCAUUUCAGGCAAGAAAAAUAUAAUUAUUAAAUUCAUAUUUAUUUCAUAUUUCCGAAGUAUAUAUUCAGAUACACUUACAUAUGAAAAAAUGAUUCAUUUAUAGAAUAUGACAACUGGCUGAGGCUAUGAAAACGCAGGUAUAUCCAUUAAGACAAUAAAAAUUGGCAACACACUGCAAAGAGUUUGAUCUUUUAUUUCAGCUGCAGACGUCUAAAACAUUUAAGGUUUUCUAACGACUAUGUGAUCUCAUAUGUUAUUUCUCCUACCAAGAUCCAAUAUUGUCUGUUUGUACCUAAAAACAUGAGACCUUAAGGAAGCUGAACAAAUUUUAAAUGUUGCGUUCAUGUCCUUUCAUACAUAUUUAUGUAAUUUCUGUAGAUAUAACGCCUUAAGCGAUUUUACUGCAGAAGAAAAGGCGACCUUUCGUAAUGCUAUAAUUUUUUCAGGUUUAAUUUUUUUCGUCAUGAUUUUUCUAAAAGAUACGCCGGUUUUAAAAUAGACGAACCAAUAGCAUUUGAAAUAAAGGACAGGCUUUCUAUAUGACUAUAUUAUUUUUAAAGUAUUUUUGUGAUGGUUUGAUUCUCUAUUUUUGUAUACCUUUUUUUUAAUUCAGAGGCAGAUUCAGUUGUGAAAAGUUAAAGUAUAUUUUAUGCUUUUUGUUCAAUUGGAUAUGUAUAUAUUUAUAUAAACAUGUUAUUGGUGUUAUUGUUCUAAUGUUGAAAUCGUUUUAAUUGUGACUAUGUGGGAUGAGAUUUUAGUAACUUUGGUUUAUUUUUUAGCAUUACCUACCCAAAGGAUAUCUUACGUGAUCUUUUUCAGGCUUCAGGGUGAAUGACUUUGUGUUCUGUUUUUGCCUCGCGAAAACGCCAUUUUUAGUUUCUACUAGCCUAGUUUAUUGAGUUUGAAUUAUAAAAUAUCAAUCCUCAACAUCUCUGAAUUCCGUAAAAGCUACGUAAUUACAAUUAACCUAAUACGUUUUUUGUACAUCUGAAUAUUAUUAUGUCUUGAAUUAAUUUUGUUUUCAUUUUCUUUUUUUGAAACAACUGUAAUCCUGUGAGAUAUCUUUUAUUUGACAUAUUUGAAUAUCCCCAAAGUGUAGUCAUAUAAAUACAAACCCUUUGGAAUUGCACCUAUCGCUGUAUAACAGUAGCACCAAUUUUUAUCAAGUAUAUAGAGAAAAAUAUAUCUUCGUAGUAUAGGUUGUUCUGAAAGCAAAACACACCCAAAGUCUUCGUUUUUUGAUAUUGAUUAUAGAAUAAUUUAGAGUGGCAAAUCAAAAUAGUGGCAAUAGUAAGACAGAGAUCUAUACCAUAAAAUGUUAUUACAUAUUAAUACCUAUUUAUUUGUUAUAUAUUGCAUAGCAUUUCACAAACAAACGUGAAGCUUCUGGAAUUAUUCAUGUCUAGAGUUAAAAUGAAACAGAAAAAUGUCCUAUUAUUAAAUUUGUUUUGCUUUCAGAAAAGUAUAUUAAGUGAUAGGUGAAGUAGAUUCUUGAUAACUGUUUAAACACAUUUUGAAAACUACCAUAUUUGCAGUGGUUCACUUUAGAAUAAGUAUGUGGUUAGAUAAAACCAACAUUAAGAGUUUAUUUAUGUAUAAAGUGCUUAUUGUUCAAACUUCGAUUGAUUUGUACAGAAGUGGUACAAAGUUUUGCAGAGAAUGCAUAUAUAAAUAUAAAAUCGCUCAAACCUAAAGAUUCUGUUCAUCCUUUUCUGAUAUGGCCUUUUCCAGUUUCUAUGUGAUUCUGAAUAUAGGCCCUUUAGUGGCCAUAUUUACAUUUUCGUUAACAUAAAAAAGAGCUAUUAUAUAUUAUUCAAGUUAUUAUACAAAUCAUUCGAAUGAUGAGUGAGACAAAAAUAAUGUUUGUUUCAUCUUUCAACUUACUAGUUCGCAUCAUUUAGCGUCAGAUUCACCAAACAGACUCAACUAAAAUAUACACAUGGAAUAUUUAGUGCCGUGUUAUUUUGAAGAUACACAAUCGAUUCUUCACUAUAAACUACAGUUCCACAGAAUACUUUUUAAAAAACUAGUUCUGAGGUAUUUAGGAGUUAUUUUAGUAGACACGUGUAUUUUGUUGGUCUUUCAAUAGAAAUAUGGGGACUAGGGCACUCCGAAAAGUUUUUUAAAACAAAGCCGAAUAAGGUUUUUGAUUCAGAAAUAUUUGUCCAGAAUAUUAGUUGACAACAGGCUGAAUAACGGAGCGAUGCUAUACUUGAUUGAUGAGUUAAUUGUUCAAUUACAGAAAAAUCAUCUUCAGCAAUGUUUUGUGAAUAUUACCAAUAUCAUGAGUGUUGGUUCGAACAUAAUUAUUAUUUUUUUUAUAAAAUUGAGUUUUCCUUUCCUUAAUUCCCGACCAACAAAAUACAUAUACUUGAGAAAGUAAUACCGAAUUUAGUGAAACGUCUCUAUAUAGUUUCCGUUAUUCAAACUGAUAACCUCUCAUUCUAGAAUAGAAUGUAAAUAUCCAAAAUACUGAGUUAUAAGCGGUCAGUAAAAGUAAUGAAAAAAAAAGGAUAAUUAAGAAAGAGGUUUUCUGAAGCAAAAGCAAUUAUUAUGCAACACCUGUACAUGAUAACUAUUGAAAACAAAUGAUAGAUAAAAGAUGAUAGUAACGUUAACGACGACAUUCUUCAUCUUACCGAGACGAGUAGCUUUUUCUUGAACGUGGAGAAAUAUAAAAUUAUUUCUGAAAUCAUUUUCUUUUAUGAUAAAUCCAUCCUACGGAUUUUCGAUUCAGAUUCAGAAUGGAUCUACGGGCUGUAUCGUCAGUAGUUCCUACAAUUGUAGGACGUCUUGAUUCUCAUAGUCUAUUCUCUCCUUCAGAAAUGCUGGAGUAUUUCUAGAUUCCUACUGUUCAGUAUCAGCGUCAGCGUCAGUUUUCUUUUUGAAUUGCAGGGGAUUUCAAGCUGAUAAAACAGAUGAUAUAAAUCAAAAGCAUGAACAAUUCAAUGCAAAUAGAUAUUUGUAACAUAACCUCAAACUAGGGCGCAGGAAAAACUAUGAAAAUCAAGGAGACCAUAAAGGUGUUGUACAAUAAUUGUAGGAACUACUGACGAUACGGUACAGUAAAAUUACAAAACUCAGAAUAGCAUUGACCUUAUGUUUUUGUAAUGUCUACGGAAAGUAGUGGUAAAACAACAGACUUAAUUUAGAAACGUUUCACUGAAUUAACUUGGUAUUUGAAUGAGUUUGUAGAAUAGGUAAAUGUAUUAUUUCGAUUAAAAUAAAGUUUUUAUUUUA